AUGGCAGAUAUUGAACAAGUAGUGGAAGAAGUUUUGAAACAAGUUGGUGUUAAGUGUUUCAAGGAUGAACAGCGGAUGAUUUUGGACUGCAUGUUUGAGAAAAAAGACUGUGUCGCCGUGUUACCAACAGGUUUUGGGAAAUCGCUCCCAUUUCAAGCGUAUUUACCAGUGAAGAGAGCUUUACUCCGUGAUGAUAGCUCCGGGAAAGUAAUUGUCUGCUGUCCUUUGGUGUCUCUUAUGGGUGGUUUAGAAGCAGAUAAGGAGGAUAAAGUGUUCCGAAAGUGGUUCCGGCUUGUUGGAGAGAUCCGAUCGUACUUUCCCGAGGCAUCAUUAUUUGCACUAAACAUGACUUGCACAAAGACAAUUAAAAAUAGAGUGAUAAAAGUUUUGGGACUGAAGGACUACACGAACAUUACAGUUUCCGGAAAUAAAGAAAACAUCAAGUACAUUGUGAAGAAAGUGGACCCGAACAUUGAAAUAUCUUUGUUGUGGAUUUUGGACUCAAUUCGUGAUUUAAAAAAGGAGUUCCCGCGGACAUUAUUUUAUUGCAUCUCAAUAAGAGAUGUUGGGUGUGUGUACAACUUCAUAGUGUCUGAACUAUCAGAUGUUACUAACAUUGAAAACAUGGUAGAGAUGUUUCAUUCUGAAACAACAGGAAAUUAA